AUGGGCCUAGAAAUAAUGUUUCUAGUAGUUGGCUAUUCAUUUUUGCCACCUGAUAGAGUUUUCGCAAAAAUUGAAAAAGAGAUUAAUAGUCGUGAGAUAAAGAAGUCGUCGAUACCCAUAACAACUUCAUGCAGCGCGUACAAUCACUCAAACGGCAUCCCAGAAAACUGGCUAGGAAUCAGGUAUUCUCUAAAAAAAUCUAUUGGUGAUCAUGAAAUAGGAUUUAUGACAAGUGUUAUUGACAAACUGAAUGCAAUUUCAAAUCGCGCAUCACAAGUCGCUACAAAUAAAGAUGAUAGUUAUGAUCAUUUUGGGAAAUAUAUCGCAUCAAUGUUAAGAAGUAUAGGACCACCAACAGCAAUACGAUUACAACAAAACUUCAUGAAUGAAAUUACAAAUGCUAUGUGCCCACCAGAAUAUGUUACUGAUAAUUCAACGGCUGGAAGAUCAAGUGGAAGACAAUCAAAUUUAAGUACUUUUUCGGCUAGUAAUGAUGACGACUACAUUACAUUAUUUACAGAUUUAUAA